AUGGCGGCGCCGGCGGGGUAUCUCCGCCGUCUUCGUGAGGAUCUCGGCAGGUGCUUCAUGAAGACAAGAUUCUACUCUUCGGGGAUGGAUUUGCGGAGGCUUCGGCCGAUGAUCCUCAAGAGAAUAAAGAACAGAGCGAGCUUCUACCCCGUGGAGAGCAUGAUCCGUGUUGCGGAGGAAGUCCUCUCGGCGAGGCGAGUCCUCCGGAGAGGUGUCGCUUCCCUGCUCGAAAUCUUCCCCGUCAAGUCUUGCAAGUAAGUCGGAAAACAUUGAGGAUGUCCUUGUGUCUUCAUUCCCUGUGUUUGAUUUAUGUAAAUAGGUACCCGUUUAUACGAAACCCUAGACAGAGUCUAGGCUGUUGAGCGGAGUAUCAAAAUUUACAGAGUGAAGCUGAGGACAGUGUGCGAUCUUUAAGAUCGUAAGGAAAACAAAACUUCAUUGAUCAGUAAAUAAUGAUUAUUCUAUCUUACAACAUGAAGAUUUUUCUCAUUAAUUGGUUAUUACACCGUGAGAAUUAUAUGCAAUAAGGGAGUGUUUGGAUUAUUUUCUAUGCACCAUUACGGAAUACGAUUACCUCACAGGUAUUCGUAUAGCUCUUUAUUAGUUUCUGUACUCCAACAGCAGGUAUCAUCCACUUUCAACAAGAACAUUCUAAAUUAUAUGCUAAAAAUAAUGAUGUAGGUGUUUUCUGCUGUGGAGGUAAGGUCACAUUUCGUGAUAUGGUUGAUCCGAGGGGAACGUAGACCAAAUUACGUGUCCAAUAAAAAUUGAAAAGAUUUGGCUCUCUGCAGAGACCAGUACAAUCAUGGUUUAGAGCACUAGUCUUUUGGUGAAUAGGUUUCCUCGGACCACAGGGAAUCUAAUGAUGAUCUUCAGCCAAUAAUUUACUAACAUCCUAGUGAUCUAGCUUAUUGAUAUUGAUAGGAGAACCAGAAUUUCGUGAAAUGAAGCUGAGGACAGCAUGCAAUCUUUAAGAUCUUGGGAAAAACAGAACUUCAUCCAUCUGUAGAUCAUCCGUGUUGAAUGUGGCUAAUGAUUAACGACCCAAUAAUCUUUCUUCUUCAUAUUCUGGGCAGUGGCUGGCUGAUAAGUUCAACAGAAGCUUAAGCCAUCCCAUCCGUAAUUAGAUCACUCACGCCUUUGAAGGUGAAGUGGAGAAUAUCUGGGCUCAGUUUCAGCUAUUGUCACACGUGGCUGUGAGAAGUAUCCAUGAACAGGAUUUUCUGUAAAAUCUGCAAUGAUAUAAAUGGAAGUAUCCAACCCCUAAGGGAUAUAUCAAGCAAUGAUGUUCAAAUUCCUUGAAUGGAAAGACAUCAUCCUUUUAGGGAUGGUAUGGCUCAGAUUCAGUCUCCGGGCAUUUUUCCUUUAUUUGACCUCUCUCAGUAAUCCGUGAACUAGAUUUUAUAAAAAUCUGUUGUUGAUAUAAAUUGAAGUCUGCAUUCCCUGAGGCAUAUUAUCUUCCAGUCAUCUCUCAGUUAUAUUGGAUGCAAGACAUUGGCUGUUCAAAGUACAUUCAUCAACCAAUUGAGUGGCAAAUAUUGGCUUCUAUUAGUGCAAUUUCCUUUUUUUUUAUUAAAAUGGUGAAUUCCACUGGAUACCAGAUGUUGCCUUCUCAUGUGACAAUCAUCAAAAAAUGCAAGAUAUUUCCUUUUUCUUUUGUGGUAAUUAGCCAUGGAAUUCAACUUUGUCUCUCGAAAUAUGAUGAAUGCUCCUUCAUUUUGCCCUCCAAUCCGUCUCCUUUAGGUUCUGCCCUGAAAUAUUCAUCGGAGAGGAAGGGCACCAGAUCAAGACCUGCCAUGGCUUCAAGCGCAUCAUCAGCAAUGAGCUCCACCACUGGGUUGACGGCCGGGUGGGCGACAUCCUUUUCCCAGUGGAAGCCUUUCAUCUGAACAAAAUGUUCCAGGCAGUGAUCAGGCAUGAACAGAGAUUCAACAUAGACCGCGUCCCGGCGGUCGUCGAGCUCUGCUCCCAGGCCGGGGCCGAGGUUCCCCCAGAAGACUGGCUUCUCCACGAAGAUGGUGGUGGCAGUGGCAGCGGCAGUGGCAGUGGGGCGCCACCAAAUGAGGAGCAAAUCAGAAGGGUGGCCGAGAGGACACUGGAAGCGUGGGAGGAGCUCAGGGCCGGUGUGCAGAGGCUGCUGCUGGUCUACCCUGCAAAGGUCUGCAAGUACUGCUCGGAGGUCCAUGUUGGGCCAUCGGGGCACCGGGCAAGGCUCUGCGGGGUAUUCCGGUUCGAGCGGUGGCGAGGUGGCCAUUUCUGGAAGAGGGCAGAGGUGGACGACCUCGUGCCGCCGAGGCUGGUCUGGCACCGCCGGCCCUACGACCCCACGGUGCUCAUCGAUGCCGGCAGGGGCUUCUACGGCCACGCGCCAGCAGUGAUCGAGCUGUGCGGUCAGGCUGGCGCCGCCGUGCCGAAGAAGUACUUCUCCUUGAUGAAGCUGAGGGGCCUCUCUGAACCCAGUCAUCCUGCCAGCAGCGGCGGCAGCAACUGA